UGUUGUUGUGGCCUGUUCAGACUCCUCUGAAAUCCUCCAUACUCCUCGGAUAGGAGCCGUGUUGACUCUCCUACGUUCUACUGUACACACAUCCCGUACAUGUAGUCAAACUUGGAUCCGUACCACCUCUAAAGUGUUUCAAGUAGAGCUCGAGAGUCGUGCUAGAGGCUUCUUUCCGCCAGACAAAAAAUCGCCAACAAAUCAGCACGACAAAUCGAGAGAGGGAAAAGCGUGGAACAAUUCACUGGUUCUAGUCUCAGGGAUCCGGGGAGAACCAUCUUCUCCCAGGUUUCGUGGCUUCAGGUGUUGAAAGUGAUUCAUUAGGACGGCCUUUUGAAGCGGUGUUGAGUGAUCCAGCCUUUGGAGGCUCAUCCAACCUUAGCCCCAAUCUCACCGCAAGAUGUCGAUACGGGUGUAUAUCAGUGGAAAUAGUGGAAACAAGGAGAUUGUGACCCAUCAACAAAGGAUCUUUAUGAUCUUGAAGAGUCUGGGGAUUGAAUUCGAACCGGUGGACAUAACAGCCCCUGGUCGAGAAAAAGACCGUGAUUACAUGCGAGAGCAGGGCAAAAAGAAAGAAGGCCAGAGGCAUGUCCUGCCGCCACAGCUCUUCAACGAUGACGUUUAUUGUGGGGAUUACGACGACUUUGAUGUGGCCAAUGAAGACGAUGAACUGGAGGAAUUUCUGAAGAUUGAAAGGAGAACCCCCAAAUCCACGCCAUCGCAUCUUAUGUCAUCGGCCACCAAUCCACCACCUCAACAAGCCCCCUCAGAAUCCACAACUGACGAGACAGGCCCACAAGCACCAAACUCGGAAACAGACAGGCCCGAUAACGACCAAGAUGGAGCAGAACCCGAGGUCGCUGGAGAGCCCAUGGAAACGGAUGGGCCUGAGAGCUCCGAGGCAACCGAGGCCCUAACCGAGGCCACCGUCGCUCCAGUUGAUGCCCCCGUUGAGAGUGACGAGUCAGCAGACCCUCCCGCCGAGGUGAAAGACGGCGGGGAAGCGGAGGUGGAAGGAAAGGAAACCAAAGAGGAUGAGCACGAAGAGGAGGGAGAGUAUGAAGAAUACGAAGACGAGGAAUAAUGAUGACAAUGAUAAGAAUAAUCCAAUAUCUUUCCAAUGGUGCCAGAGAGAAGCUCGCCCCGAUCCUACUAGAUCAAUCGGUCACGAUGGUCCCGAAUUCAAACAGAAGAGAGACACAAACAACUCAUGAAUUAUUUGUAGUUUAGAUUGACCCCCGAACGAUGAUAAAUUCAACACAUCCCCUCCUCCCUUCCAAGCGACCAUGGAUGGACAUGCCAGCACCACUUUGGGUGUUGUUUUCAAUCAUACGUUCGAAAUUUCAUGACAAUAAAAGACACUUUAUUCUGAAAGAACA